UUAUCGCUCCUCGGCCGCCAAGAGCUUGAGGAAAGGGAGGGAGUGAAGGGGGUAGGUGGGGUGAGACAUGUAGUAGUCUCCAUCGUCUCCAUAGCCCAGCAGAUGCCACAUGACCUGACACGCAGACAUUUGGAUGCGGGCGUUGAGGGAGUUGGUUAUGCCGGUGAUGAAAAGGCGAUGCUGCUCGACGGCCUCCUCUGUAUUUGCAUAGCGCUCCAGGUACUUCUUGCAGCCCACUGCGACGAUCGACACCAAGUCGUGCAGCUUGAUAUCCAUCUUGGAGCUGUAGUUGGUGAGCUGCAGGCAACACAUAUAGAGACAUGGCCCCAGGCAGAGAAAGUGAAUAGCCCCAGAAUCGGUCACUUACAUAGUGCACCAAUGCAUACACCCGAUCCGCAGUCAGGAGCAGGAACUUUAUGUUGUUGUUCGACCGGAUGGCGACCGUGACAUGAAGAGAGUGGCCGGUCGUUCAGCGGUGGUGGCGACGAAAGCGAAUGAUGCCGCACUUGGUGAUGGUGAUAGUCAUGUAGAUCAUCUUUUGCCAUGCUCAGGCGGCACGGGAUUAGGGUGCUCAGCUUGUUGGCCUCCUCCUUUAAAUUGAGUGCCUCUCGACGAAGGGCGUCGUUGUUGGCCGUCUCGCCCUUCGCCAGGUCCCGCAGUCGACUGUUGUAGUCGCUCAUGAGCCUCUUGGCUUUGCGCAUCACCUGCUGCCACUUGAACUUGUUGCUCUUCUUGAUGCACAACAUGGUGUGCUUCUUGCAAUGCAGCAGGCUGCGACAUGCGACGGCCAUAAACCGGCGGCUGAAUUGGAGAUUGAGGUACUCGCUGUCUUUGCUGUCGGCCAAAAAGAUGCGCCCAAUGAAUGUGGCCGGAUCCACAUACUCUUUGGACUGCUCGACGUCCAGCCACGGGUCAACAUUCAUAGUGCUGUUGUCGCUGGUCUCGUGACCGGGGUAGUACAGCUUGGUGACCAGCUGUUUUUUCUGUGUCGUUGUCAGGGGUUCGAAGAGCCGUUUGGGGUCCGGAUCGCUGAGGAAAGCGUCCUUCGCCUCGGCAGCCUUGGGAGCUACCUUUGGAAAGCCAAACAAGUCCUCAGCGUCUCUCGCACCUGCGUCGUCCUCCUCCAUCACCUGCUCGUCAUCGGCCGGCCCCACAAACUCGUCCAUGGUCUCAAACGGGGCGAACGAUGCGACGCAUGAGCUCGCACUACCACAGGAUUUUACGCUGAGGGGCUCUCCCUCAUCGUCCGACUCCAACUGAGGGGCCCAGAAUUCAUCGUCGCCCUCCACAGACACAUCAUCAUCCACGCUUCGCAUGUCCUCUUCCACGUGCAGAGACGGCACAGGGGCAUUCUUGGCAACGUCGAGGAGACGCUCGACGUCCUCAAAGUGCAUCUCAGAGCCGAGCGAGACGCGCCCGUACCACGGCGACUUCACGUCCAGCACGGCAUGCUGCUCGGGCGUCAGCUUUGCAUGAAGCUCGAACUCAUGCACGUCCUCGUGAAUAGUGAAAUCCAGCCACUACUCCAGCUCGUGACAGAACUGUCG